UAAUUUUUUCUUGUUCUUUGUUGUACUUCUGAGACCAGCAAAGCAGGCAAGUUGACUGUCUACAUACUAUUGUUUCUAUAGGCAUUUAGCUGGAUUUGCUUAUGUAAAAAUAGUAUCUGGGCUGGCUCUAUGAACCUAAGAGUUGCCACGGGAAGUAGCUUUCCUGCUUUCUUCUUUGGUCAGCAAAACAGUUAAUCUUUUACUUGCUGGUAAAAAGGUCCUAAAAGCAAGUGUCUGGAAGACGGGUAACCUACAAUCAGGAGUCAACAUCCUAGCUUUUGAGCAAGUUAGGAGUAAAUGAGCUAUCACAUCAGUACAGAUAGCCCGACCUUGAUGUUUAGCUGGAGCGAUCUGCACUGAGAGCUUAAUAGUGUGAUGGGCCAUACUGGGUUAACUUAAAUUCUGCUUGGGUCACUGUGUCUGUUUGUGGGAGAGAAGUGGGCACUUCAGGAGACUCGGAAUCAUCUUCCUUAAAUGCUCUAAAUUGCAUUGACGAGUGCUGUUUAAACCCAGCUAGUAGGAAACAUCGGGAACAAAGUAUUUGGAUGGAAUUCAGGCUGCCUGAAUAUGGCCCUACAAUCUUAGCUGUGCCACUCUUCAGGGAGAAGAUAGUGAGACUUUACUGGUAUUUGAUCAGCUCCUGUAUCUCUGUGGAGUAUCCCAGAAGUCAUAUGACCUUUCACCAGCAUAAAAACAAGCCUGAGAGGCCAUGAGGGUACAGCAGGAAAGGGCAAAGGUACUGGUGAGCUUGGCAAGCAGCAGGAAGAAUAGGUAUGGUGGCAGAAGGAGCUGAAGAGAUAGCUGGAGGAUUUGGAAAGGUCAGACGAUUAAAACAAAACAAUGGAUUGGGGAGCUCUGCAUACCAUUUUAGGAGGUGUAAAUAAACACUCCACCAGCAUUGGGAAGAUCUGGCUCACAGUCCUGUUCAUCUUCCGUAUCAUGAUCCUGGUUGUGGCUGCAGAGAGAGUCUGGGGAGAUGAACAAGAUGACUUUGUCUGCAACACUCUGCAACCUGGUUGCAAGAAUGUUUGCUAUGAUCACUUUUUCCCCAUCUCUCACAUCAGACUCUGGGCCCUGCAGCUGAUCUUUGUUUCCACACCUGCACUGCUGGUAGCCAUGCACGUUGCUUACAGGAGACACGAGAAGAAGAGGCAGUUCAGAAAGGGAGACCAGAAAUGUGAAUACAAGGACAUUGAAGAGAUCAGAAAACAGAGGUUUCGUAUUGAGGGCUCCUUGUGGUGGACAUACACCAGCAGCAUCUUCUUCAGGCUGGUCUUUGAAGCAGUCUUCAUGUAUGCGUUUUAUUUCAUGUACGAUGGGUUCCGCAUGCCUCGCUUAAUGAAGUGUAAUGCAUGGCCCUGCCCCAACACAGUGGACUGCUUUGUUUCUCGACCUACUGAAAAGACGGUGUUUACUAUUUUCAUGAUUGCUGUGUCCAGUAUUUGCAUUCUUUUAAAUGUGGCUGAAUUAUGUUACUUACUGACAAAAUUUUUCCUCAGAAAAUCUAAAAAAGCUGGAAAUAACAAGCAUCACUCCAACCAUGAGAAUAAGGAAGAAACCAAACAAAAUGAAAUGAAUGAGUUAAUAUCUGAUAGCUGUCAGAACACAGUUAUAGGAUUUACAAGUAGCUAAGGUGGUGUCAGUGCUGGUGUUCACUCUUUUUGGAGUGAAUCUUUAAAGGCUGCAAAUGAAAUUUAUUAUAUUAAACAAUUCAAGUUGGUGGAAACAAGUGAUACAUAGUGUCAGGUGCCAAGUAUGUGCAUCUGAAAAGAGUCAGUGCAGCCUACACAUGUGAAAAUUGCAUGAAGAUUAAAUAGGAAAGUAUCUUCCUAUGAGUACCCUUACAAGCUGACUAUGACAAGUGGGAAACUCACUAAUACCUUCAUGCUGACACAGCUCCUAAAACUAAAUGCAACAGCAAUAAAAACAAAAAUCUUUCCAAGCUAGGUAUCCUAGUAUUACAAGUUGUUUUGUAAUAGUGAUAGUUUUUACUUGUGAACUGAUAAUUAAAAUAUUUUUCUAAAAUCUAAGAUUCCAUGUUGCUUAAGGUGUUAUAGUACACAACUGAGUGUUUUGUUUCUUAACCAGGCAUAUGCAGAUGAAUCCUCUGAUACCAUAUUUGUAGGGAGGAGACAGCAGUAGGCUACAUCUUUACAGCUUUGCAAGCGCUGCUUUGCCUGGAGGUUUAGAUGCUUGCGUACACUCUGCUUGCUGGCUGUAGGGGAAGCUGUGUGAAAGCCCACCACGUGUAGUGUGGAUAACUGAGGUAGCUAGGUCCUGGGUACAAAGUCAUGCUUAAAGCCAGCAUGACAAUGUAGAUACAGCCUAAGUAUACUUGCUUUAAACAUCUAGCACACCUGGUAAUCUUACUGAUCUUUUAAUUGCAUACUACUGGUUUUAUAGCAACAUUCAUAAUUUUAUGUAAAUGUUUAUUUCUCUAAUGUAUCAGCUGUAUUUGUUUCUUUAUGCUAUAUCACAUCAUGGAACUUUUUUGGCUUUGUUUUUUUUUGUGAUAGGCUGAUGGUGCUGUUAAGAAACUAGGGGCUUUUUGGUUUGAAGGACAUGGAAAAGUAUCACUGGAAAUGGAACGAGUCUUCUGAAUAAAAGGCAAACACUUUAAUCUUU